CUGCGGCCCUGUGACCCUCCAUAAGCAGAGAUUUAAUGGGUUUAAAUGCAGCUCUGCGGCUUGUGGUGACCUCUGUCUGCCGCAGGGAGAACGGCUCCGCACCGGGAUAAACACCCUGACCAGAGACCUUUCAGCGGCUGUCAGCAUCAUCACCCCGACAACGGGCAUUCUUCCCUCGGGGCCGUCUGAUGGAAGGGUGACGGGAACGAUGCUGAGAUUCCUCCAUAUCCUUUUAACAGGCCUGUUAGGUGCUCUCUGGGAUGGAGUUGCUGCUUUUGGUAAGCCAGGUGGAGUCAGACUAGUGGACGGGGAGAACAAGUGUUCAGGCAGAGUUGAGGUGCUCCGCCAUGACCAGUGGGGGACUGUUUGCGAUCAUGGCUGGGACCUCCGGGAGGCUCAUGUGGUGUGCCUGGAGCUGGGCUGUGGCUUAGCUGAAUCUGCCCUACAUGGUGCAGUAUAUGGUCCAGGCAGUGGAGAGAUCUGGCUUCGGCAUGUCCAGUGUACCGGACAUGAGUCCAGUUUGACACGCUGUGCUGUUGUCCUCCACAGUAACGCCUACUGCUCCCAUGAGAACGAUGCAGGGGUGAAAUGCUCAGGUACCCUUUUAAUGCCCACCCUCACCCUCCUGUCACCUCACACUGUGUUCUCUCCUGGCGAGGCUGUUCGCUUCGGCUGCAGGGCUCUGCUGGGUCACCACCUCAGUGACUUUCACCUGUACAAGCAUGGAGUGUCCACGCCGCUGGUUACACAAAGAGCGGACCAAACACUGACCAGAGUGGAGCUGACACUGUCUGACAUAGAGACUUUCCACCAGGGCAGCUACAGUUGUCGGUAUAGGAUUAAGAGUGGCUUUCCUUCUCAGCUGCUCAGCUCUCCACCCAGUAACUCCAUCAACAUUACUGUUGUGGAACUACUGACUCCCCAGCACUGGUACAACACGUCCACCGAGGCCCCGGCUGGUUCCGUCAUUAAAGGCCACAAUUUUAACAUCACCUGCUCCACCCCGCAGCAGUACCCUGGAGGUUCCUUCCAGCUGCGUCUGAUCCGCUCCAACGGCACAGUGCGCCAGACCUUGCCUGCCCUCACCCCGUCCGUCACGUUCACCUUUUCCAAUGCCCAGAGCUCCAACGAGGGCUACUACUACUGCCUGUAUCGGGUCCAGCUGGGUGGACGCACCUUUGUCUCCAGAGAAAGCCAGCCCCUGCCUAUAGCCAUCAGAGACCCAGAUCCAAUACUGAGUCCGAUGGUGAUCAGCUGGCUUGUGUCCGGCGUGACAUUUGUCAUAGCUGUCAUCGUUAUAAUCAUUGUGGCCAAAGUGCUGUGUAACAAGGAGAAGAAGCCCACUGAACUGGAGCGAGAGACCAGAACCUGUGUGGACAACACUUAUGUUGCCUUAUCGAUUAACAAGCUAUGACGGGGUAUGCAGGCAACAGAUCACUCAACAAUCACAAGUGUGUGGACAGUCAGAGGGCUCACACUGCGUCCAACGUGGAUUCAGUCUGCAGGACAGCUUGGUCGGUCAUCUGCCACACCUUUGGAAAGAGCCACCACCGACUCAGUUCAGUUUGUGUUUGAACGAGGACGUUUUUACUGGACUCUUAACGUUGACCAACAUCACACUGAACUUGAGGCUAGUGUAACUGGUGGGAAAUAACAGAUGUGAUAUUAUGGUGAGAUGUGAGCUGAGAGCCACAGAAGACUGACAGAAGAAUCUAUUUCCAGUUCAAAGCCUGUACUGGUUCCAGCUAGACCUCAGAGUCACCCAGGCUUGGCUACUGCCAUGACACCAGAUACAUGAAGUGGAAAACUGCUACUGAAAAUCUAAGUAGGGAAACUAUGACUUGGGUCCCUCAGGUCUGUGUAAAUGGAGUUUAAGAACAUUGUUUUGUAUUUAUUACCAGGUAACACUAACAACAGGCUCCACUAGCUUAUUAUGUACUUGCUUCUACAGAUCAACGAUCCUUAAAGGAUUAGAUGUUUUUGUAUUUUAAGUCUAACCUUACUAUGCAUCUUAUGUCAUUUACAUUAUGUACAUUACUGCACUUAAUGUUGGUAAAUAGAAGCUGUAGUUGAUUAAAAUGCUGCUGUUGUUGGA